GUGAAGGUGCUGAAGAGCAUCGGGCCGGUGGAGCGGGAGGACGUGGUCCUGGGUCAGUACGUGGGGGACCCCGAGGGGCCACCUGAGGCCCAGAAAGGCUACCUGGACGAUCCCACCGUGGCCCCCGGUUCCACCACCGCCACCUUCGCCGCCGCCAUCUUGCGCGUGGCCAACGAGCGGUGGGACGGUGUCCCCUUCGUGCUGCGCUGCGGGAAGGCCCUGAACGAGCGCAAGGCCGAGGUGCGGCUGCAGUUCCGGGACGUCCCCGGUGACAUCUUCGGCCGCUGCAAGAGGAACGAGCUGGUGGUUCGAGUCCAGCCCGACGCCGCCGUCUACACCAAGAUGAUGACCAAGAAACCGGGGAUGUUCUUCAGCCCCGAGGA